AUGAUGCAGGAUGAUGGUCGUUGCUUAGAGAGCUCCAAUAACUUCACCUACGUCGACAUGUGGAAUGUAGAGAGCGUCGAGCCAACCCAGGGAAUCUUCCAGAAUGUUCACGACUCGGCGGCCCUGUUGGUCACUGGCAACAACUUCUAUAUGCAUUCUGAUGCUGUGUAA